AACGACGGCGUCAAACAAUAACUCCAUAUAUUAUUUUGAAAUGCAAUCGCUUGCUAAUUAAUAUGGCCGGUAAAAAAUCAGCUUUAAUAACAUCCGAUUUCGAAGUAUUUGGUAAAGUACAGGGAGUGUUUUUCCGCAAACAUACUCAAAAGAAAGCAUCUGAGCUCGGCUUGAAAGGAUGGGUCAUGAACACUCCGCAUGGGACUGUCGUGGGCCAAGUUCAAGGUCCCCAAGGAACCGUUGACGACCUGAAGGUGUGGCUUCAAAAAAUAGGGAGCCCUAAAUCCAAAAUCGACAAAGCAAUCUUUAGAAACGAAGGACCUAUCAACAACUACGCGUUUCGGACAUUUGAGAUACGACGCUAAUGCUAAAAACCGGUAAUUGUAAUUCGCUAUCAAUAAAAUAUAUGA